AUGUCCGAGCACGAGGACACAGAGCUGAAUCUUUUAUACGAAACACCAACUCAAGGCCGCUCUCAACAAGUUUCAAGGGCUCCUGAGGUUCAGUCUACUCUUGGGAAUACUAGUAAUGUGAAUGACUUGGCCGAUGCAGUAAGUUUAUUCAAAAGCGUCAUUGACUCUCAAUUUGCUUCUCUAUCUGAAAAACCUCUGACCGAGCAGAAAGUUAACGCUAAAAGUCUGUCAAAGAAGAUUAAAGAAAGUAAAAGUACACGUAUUCAGGGUGAAGGCAAUAGAAUUCAGUACACUUUUAACGAAGAAAUAAUUGAAGACCUAGAAAAUCUGUCUAUCAUCCUUAAAGACAGUUCGGCUGUAUCCGUCAUUAAAGAGAUUAAAGAAAAAUUGCAGAAACGUAAUAAACUCAUAAGAAUUGCAGAUAAUAGUCCAGCUGGUUGGAAGACCGUAAGAGAAUAUGAACAAAACGAUUAUGCAGACGACUCUGAUGACGAUAAAAAGAUACGAAGUGCGGAGUCACGGGCCAUGCGGCAGAAGUUCCGAGGCAGGGGACGUCCUACACCGUACAGCCGUCUGGUGUCAGCAGCGGCGGGGUCCCCGGCGCAGCUUUCCUCUGGUAGUUUUGGUGGUUAUCCUCUACUCAGUCAGCCCUUUCGUGCCUUUGGGGGUUCAAGGAGAACCCCACAGCCUUCAGACUUGUGUCACAGAUGUUUUAAGACCGGAUACUGGAAAAGUCGCUGCCCCCUCAAUUACACGCAAUCCACCACAGGGUCUGCAGGAGCAAGCACAUCAGGCGGUCAAUGAUGAUAAGUAUUGUUAUAGUCCAAGCUGGUCUGGUAUUCUCGAUAUUUCAAAAAGUAUCAAGGAAAUUUUGAUUUCUUAUGAUAGAAAAUGUAAUCAAAUAAAAGGUAGAGUCAAGAAAAGUUUGUUUCAUAAUCUUCAGUUUUGGAAAGAAAUAGAUGCUUAUGAUUCGGUUUUUUUCUAUAAUUCAAAAUGGAUAUUCUCUUGAUUUUGAAAUUCACCCCCCUUCAAAGCAUUUCGAGAAUAAUAAAUCAGCUAUGUUGAAUGAAGAUUUUGUUUCAGGAGCAGUUCAGAAUCUGAUAGACUCAGGUAGAGUAAUUCAGUUACAUGAAAAACCAUAUAUGAUCAAUCCACUGAGCGUAGCAGAAAACCACGAAAAGAAAAGGCUUAUUUUAGAUCUUAGUUUCUUGAAUAAUUUCGUACGGAAAGAAAAAGUAAAAUUUGAAGAUUGGAAAAUCGCUAUACAAUAUUUCAAAAUAAACUGUUUUAUGACAAAAUUUGAUUUGCAGUCGGGAUAUCAUCACAUAGAUAUCGAUCCUUGUUUUCAGCAAUAUUUAGGUUUUUCAUGGAAGGGUAAUUAUUUUUGUUUCACUGUCUUACCAUUUGGUCUAACUUCAGCUCCAUAUGUUUUUACAAAGUGUUUGAGGCCAUUAGUAAAUUAUUGGAGAAAAAACAAUUUAAAAGUAGUUCUAUACCUGGAUGACGGUCUUAUUCUGGCUAUGUCCGAGGCAAAAUGUAUUUCAGCUACAGGAUUUAUUAAACAGUCUUUAGUUUCAGCAGGUUUUUUCAAAAACGAGAAGAAAUCAAUUUUCAGCCCUGUACAAGAAAUUGAAUGGCUUGGACUGGUAUGGAGAUCUUUAGAUUUUAGUUUACGAGUACCAGAA